AUGCCACCCAUUCCAAUCUAUGCCGAUGCGCCCAUCUCGGCAGCAGCCAAAGCAGACGGUCCAACUCCUCAGACGGCACCUCCUCCAACCCGGACAACCGAUCUGCCAGCGACUACAACUUCCACGACCAACAAUAGCUACCCAGCUGCCCAACCUGGUGCCGCAGCCGGUCCCGCACCCACCGGCAGCGUGUCGAGACCUCCUCCACCACCUACCAGUACCAUCUCUACAAGUCUCCAGCAUGAUGGUCCACCACCUCCUCAGCCUGGAGCUGUUCCCAUGCCUUUCUCGUCAUCCACACGAUCCAAUGCCUACGACCCCACGAGCUACCAGCAAAACCCCUACGCUGCCGAAAUGACCUCUGCCCAGCGCGCCAGCCUCGAAGCCGCAGAGGCAGCAGAAAGAGGCCGCAAGUCCGGUCGCAACAGCAUCAGCGAAUGGAUCACUGGCGAAGACGACGGCUUUGGCAGUCCCACCACCGGCACUGCAAAGGCAUGGUUCAAGGGCGUUGCUUCUCAAGUCGGCGACAUGGCUACCAAGGCCAACGAGUUUGCGAGCAAGAAGCUCGGAUAG